AUGCAAUCCCUAUUGUAUCUUUUGUAUGGAUAUGAACCAUCCACUUAUUUUGACAACACAAUUGCACCCCUUGAUAUUAAAGAACCCAGCUUUGCGCUCCAACUACAAAUACGUACAACCAUACAAUUACACCAUUUAGAAGAAAUUCGUAAGCAAUCAUGGGAUAAAAUUCAAAAAUCACAAAAGGUGCAAAUAAAAAGAAUCGAAGAAAAGAUGGCCAAUAAACGAAAGGAUUAUAAAACUGGUUUUAAAGGAAAAAUAAUGAUUCGCUGGUUCGAAGACAAUUAUUGCAUUCAAGAAAUAUUACGCAAAGGCGCUUAUUACAUCAAAAAUAUAUCAAAUCCAGAUGACACUAUCUUGAAAUUAGUUCAUGGAAAUCGACUAAAAUCAUGGACCGAACCUCACGAAUCUCGUAUGGUAACUACUAAAGCAAAGGUGCAUAAAACUCAACGUGAAGGCCUACAAAUUAAAGGUGCCGCUAAACGACUAGAAGUCCAAAAAUCCGAAAAACACAACAAGAUUAAAGAAUCCUUUCACCAAUAUGAUCUUACCAAGAACAAAAUCAUCCAUUUAGAAGAUAAGAAGAACAGUUUAUUAAAACAGCAACUAUUACCUUAUUUAAAAGAAGAACUUCAAUUACUUCGCUUAUUAUACAACGAAUCAACUGAUCAAUAUCAAAAAGAACCGAAGAAGUGCAUAAAGACUAUUAUUGGAGAUGACAACAAAACAACCGCAUUUAUCAAGAAGCAUCUCAAGCAUGUAUGACUUAAUGAUCGGGCCGAACAUAAUCGAGGAGGAGCCACAUGUUACAAUGCGGAUUUUCAAUAUGUAAUAAUUGACUUCAACACUAAAAAUUUUACUCAGACAAUUUAUAUUUUUUAUGCUAACUUUUAGCAUUGUACUUCUCUAACUUGAAUCUUUACCUUUUAAUAUUUAAAACCUUUUGACAAAUUUAUUAUUAUUAUCAUUUAUCCGAAAUCAAG